UCCGCGCGCCCGCACCUGGUUUUCUUCACCCUAGACUCGGAGCGCGUCCGGAUUGGCUGGAGCGCCGGUGUCUCGCGCGGGGAUCGCGCGCCUCUUCAACUCUCCAUCAGAAGGCGGCGAGCGCGCGCUGGAGGAACUUCAACUGACAGACGCCGAUCCUGAACAUGAACUCACCUCAGGAGAGCUGAAUUUUAAACCUAUUUACGGCUAAUUUUCGCGAAGCCUUGAGAGAAAACUGCUCAGAAGAGGUGAAACUGAGGAUAUUUAAUCCCAAAACAUAUGUGUUUGACGGGCGUUGGUGGCCGCUGUCUGUCAGAAGAAGAGUGCGCUGAGGUAAAAACCAACGGAUUCAACCAAUAUUUCCCCCCGCAAAUAACCGACUCUCCGCUACAGUCCUUGGUUUUGCUAUAAACAACACCUUUAUCUGAUUAUUUCACCUGACGGCGGAAUUUUGCCUUGUUUCGACUGUUUAUAUGAUGGGAAGAAGUAAAAAGACUGCGAGAAGAGAACGAGGCGGAUCGGGAUUCUUACCGCAGAUGGUCACUGUGUUGAUUUUUAGUAUUUUAUCGCUUAUCAACAUCGGUGCGGCUCAAGAUGAUGACUAUCUGGGAUUGGGCGAGCUCCCGGAGACGUUCCCCUCGGACCCGCCCGAGCCUCUCCCGCACUUCCUGAUGGAGCCGGAGGAGGCGUACAUCGUGAAGAACAAGCCCGUCAACCUUUACUGCAAGGCCACGCCGGCCACGCAGAUCUACUUCAAGUGCAACAGCGAGUGGGUCCAUCAGAAGGAGCACACGGUGGAGGAGCGCGUGGACGAGACCUCCGGUUAGUGGAG